AUGCAAGCGGCGCUUGCAGCCAUGGCAGCCCACUCAGUCCUCUCCGCCGCCGUUCAAACACCUCAGCUUCCUGCUCUCUUCCCCGCGACGUCCUCUGUUUCGUCGCAGUCCCUUCCGUUCCAUUCCUCCUUCAACGGCGUCGCUGUAAAGGCCAAAGUCCGCCCGUUCUUGUCUCUCUCAGCCGCCACUGCUCCGAGGCCGCUCACCGUCGUCGCCGCCACCAAGAAGGCCGUUGCCGUUCUCAAAGGCACCUCCACCGUCGAGGGCGUCGUUACUCUAACCCAGGAGGACAAUGGACCAACUACUGUGAAUGUUCGUAUAACCGGACUUACUCCAGGCAAACACGGCUUUCACCUUCAUGAAUAUGGUGACACUACAAAUGGAUGCAUAUCAACAGGAGCACAUUUUAAUCCAAAUGGAUUGACUCAUGGAGCUCCUGAAGAUGAGGUCCGUCAUGCGGGUGACCUGGGAAACAUUGUUGCUAAUGGCGAAGGUGUAGCUGAGACAACAAUUGUCGACACACAGAUACCGUUGAGUGGGCCCAACUCAGUUGUUGGACGAGCUUUUGUUGUUCAUGAACUUGAGGAUGACCUUGGAAAAGGCGGUCAUGAGCUUAGUCUAACUACAGGCAAUGCUGGCGGACGUUUGGCUUGUGGUGUUGUUGGUUUGACCCCACAGUAA